AUGGCAAACUUACGGGGCCUCUUAGGAGGUCCUGCAGGCCAUCAAGUACGGGGUGUGUCCGGCCUGGGGUCCCCCAAGCCAUUCAACAGGGAUCGCUGGAUCAACAACACGGACGUGACCGAAGAAAUGACGGCCACGGAGCUAGAGAGGCUGAAGGACUCAGGGGUCAUUCGCCGCUGCGAGGAACAGGAGUAA